AUGGGUUCUGCAACUUCUGGAUGCUCAGGAGAUUGCGAGCAGUGCAGUACGUGUGCUCGCAAUGGGUGCGGUCACCUUUGCCUGAUCCAGAGAGAGCGGGAGAAGGAGCAGAAAGCUGUCAUGAAGACCUUCACGGUCAAUGCAUCUGCCCCGGAUGAUGACAGUGUGGCACCAGAGCUGCAGCGCUAUGCCGUGCAUGGCGAAGACAAACUGUCGCAGAAUGCCAGCGACCUCAGCACGUGCUGCUUCGGGAUCCUGCAGCGGCUCAUGAAGCGAGGGAAUCCCAGCAGGCUCUUCAGGCGGCUGGUGCCCUUGGCCGCCUUGGUAGUAGGUUCACUUCUGUGUGCAUCGCCCGGAUAUGCGGCAGUCGCAGAGUCUGCCCAAGGCUCACAGGCGUCGAUGACAGCGCAAGAAGUCAAAGCAUUGACUCGCACAGUUCGUGAGGUUGAUGCACUUCAAGAAGUUGUCCGGGCGAAGGGCACGGUUCCAAAUUUUGGUCGAGUGGCAGACAAAAUCGUGAAGCGUGGCAUGAGAAUAGCAGGGGCCAAGGAUGGCUCCCAGCUUGAGAAGGCCCUGGAUGCCCCCCUUGAAGCGCUUUUUCAUCAGCAGCUGCGGACCUUGUCAGCAAGGGCUGCAGACCGCUACGAAGCAUCCAUGGCGGCAAAGCCCAAUCCGGUGGAGGCACGCCGAUCUGCCGAGGCAGAGUUUCUGGAAGGCGCGAAGACGCUUGUUCGACCAAGUGGCGAGUGGAGCUAUGAGGUUGAGCUGCAAGAUUUGCUGGGCCGCAUAGCAGGAAGCUCUGGCCAAGACAUGAAGCUGGUGCAGGAGCAGGGCAGGCAGGGCCAAGGGAAGCACGUGACGUUGGAGGUCAUUCGCAAGCUACAGCAGCAGUCCGAAGCUGUGCAGCGAGAGGUGGAGACCCGCGGCGCAUUUCCAUGGAAGAUCAACUGGCAGUACUUCGUGGACAACUCACCAGUGGGAUUCCGCGGUCAAUACAGCCAGGGCAGAUCCAUUGUUGAGCUGCUUCUCUUACCAAGCCCAGACCCGCGGAUGAAGAAUAAUCUCUUGAACAAGAUUGGUCCUUUGAACUUGGCGGUUGCGUUUGACAUGCUGCUUUAA